UGGGGACCUCGACAUUAGGCUGGGAAAAUGCCUGUGAUGAAGGGAUUAUUAGCGCCGCAGAACACGUUUCUGGACACCAUAGCCACGCGGUUUGAUGGCACUCACAGUAACUUCAUCCUGGCCAAUGCUCAGAUGUCGAAGGGCUUUCCCAUCGUCUACUGCUCUGAUGGCUUCUGUGAACUCACAGGCUUUUCUCGGACAGAGGUCAUGCAGAAGAGCUGUACCUGUAAGUUCCUGUACGGGCCCGAGACCAGCGAAAGCAUCAUCCUGAGCAUCGACGAGGCCUUGGAGGAGCGCAAGGAGUUCAAAAAUGAAAUCAUGUUCUACACAAAGACAGCUGCUCUGUUCUGGUGUCUCCUGGACAUUGUGCCCAUUAAGAAUGAGAAGGGUGACGUGGUGCUGUUCCUGGCCUCAUUUAAGGACAUCACCGACACUAAAGCCAAAGCCAUUCAAGAGGACAAGAAAGAAGAGCGACGACGCGGCAGGGUGAAAACCGGCUCUUCAUUCAGCUCGACUCGUCUGCGGGGCAGCACCGUGCUCUACCACAUCUCUGGACAUCUCCACAGCAGGGAGAAGAGCAAGAUUAAAAUCAACAAGAAUGUGUUUGGGGAUCCACCGGCUCUACCAGAAUACAAGGUUGCAGAUGCCAAGAAGUCCAAAUUCAUAUUGCUUCACUACAGCACAUUUAAAGCAGGCUGGGACUGGCUGAUUUUGCUUGCUACCUUCUACGUUGCUGUGACAGUGCCCUACAACGUGUGCUUCAUCGGCGACGAUGAUGAUCUGACCCGCAGCACCACUGUCAGCGACAUCGGUGUGGAGAUUCUCUUCAUCAUAGACAUUAUUUUUAAUUUUCGCACCACUUUCGUCAGCAAGUCCGGCCAGGUAAUCUUUGACGCUCGACAGAUAUGCAUCCAUUACCUGACGACGUGGUUCAUCAUCGACCUAGUGGCCGCACUGCCUUUUGACCUGCUCUACGCGGUCAAAGUCAGCGUGGUGUCUGUGGUGCAUCUGUUAAAAACCGUCCGUCUGCUUCGUUUGCUGAGGCUGCUGCAGAAGAUGGACCGCUACUCACAGCACAGCACGGUGGUCCUGACCCUCCUCAUGUCUAUGUUCGCCCUCCUGGCCCACUGGAUGGCCUGCAUCUGGUACAUCAUCGGCAAGAUGGAGAUGGAGGCCAAUGCCUACAACUGGGAUAUCGGGUGGCUCCAUGAGCUCGGGAAGCGUUUGGAGUCUCCAUAUGCGGGCAUGGCAGACGUUAACACGACUGGCAGCGGUCCCUCUAUCCGCAGCGUCUACAUCGCUUCCCUCUACUUCACCCUCAGCAGCCUGACCAGCGUGGGCUUCGGCAACGUGUCCGCAAACACCGACGCUGAGAAGAUCUUUUCUGUUUGCAUCAUGCUCAUCGGAGCACUGAUGCAUGCCUUAGUCUUUGGCAAUGUGACAGCCAUUAUCCAGAGGAUGUACUCCCGCUGGUCUCAGUACCACACCAGGACCAAAGACCUGAAGGAUUUCAUUCGCGUCCAUCAUCUGCCACAGAGCCUCAAGCAGCGAAUGCUCGAGUACUUCCAGACAACCUGGUCGGUCAAUAAUGGAAUCGACUGCAAUGAGCUGCUGAAGGACUUUCCGGAUGAGCUGCGCUCCGACAUCACCAUGCAUCUCAACAAGGAGAUCCUGGAGCUGUCAUUGUUUGCCUCGGCCAGCCGUGGCUGCCUGCGCUCGCUGUCGCUGCACAUUAAGACCUCCUUUUGCACCCCGGGGGAGUACCUCCUCCGACAGGGCGACGCUCUCCAGGCUGUCUUCUUUGUCUGCUCAGGGUCCAUGGAAGUGCUGAAAGAUGGAAUGGUGUUAGCCAUCCUGGGUAAAGGCGACCUGAUCGGCGCGAACCUGUCAUUAGACAACCGUGUGAUAAAAACCAACGCAGAUGUGAAAGCCCUGACCUACUGUGACCUGCAGUGUAUCAACCUGAAAGGGCUCUAUGAGGUGCUGGACCUCUACCCCGAGUACUCUCAUCACUUUGUCCAGGACAUCCAACAGGACCUCACAUACAAUCUGCGGGAGGGACAUGAGACACACUCUGGAGUCAGAAGGAACGGGCGCGUGGUUCAGGGCCAGCCUCCGGUAGCUGAGGCCCGGGAGGAGCACGAGGGCGACUCGGAGUCUGACGAGCGUGACAACGCCGAGUCUGUAACUCUUCUGACGGAGCACCAUCGACCUAAGAGCCUUGGGGACACCGUGGGGAAGUCUCCUCCGUGCCAGCCCCAACAGAAGACCGUCACUCACAGCUUGGUUCGCUCCCAGAAAAACCUGCAGGAAAUGACGCCAACUGCUCUUGACCCUUCGAACCUCAGCCCCAGGAUAGUGGAUGGUACCGAAGACAGUGAGGGACCAGAAACUUCCCAGACGUUCUCCUUUUCCGCUGGUCUCGGCUGUCCUGUCAGUGAACCAACCAGUGCCUCAAUGUCAACCACAGACACGCUGCACAUCAGCACAACAGAAUUAGCAGCAAAAGCAGAGGAGACCAGGGGACAACUGCGACACCUCGACCAGCAGGUGAGUACCCUGCGGAGGGAAGUAGCAGACCUUGGGCAGGUCAUGAAGAGAAUGGCCACGCUGAUGGAGGCUCUCACGCCUUCGGUUCCCCAACCUGCAAUAAUCUGUCCCACUCACUACUCCCCGGCCCACCACACGUACCUGCACUGCCCGUCCCCUCCUCAGCCCUGCCACUCACCGUCCAAAGCUGCCCCCAUCUGGACAGACCCGCUCACGCCUUCGCUCUGCUCGUCCCUCGCCAUCUCUCAGCAGCACGCCGCAAUGUGCUACGCGGACUCUCUGACGCACAGACCCCAGAGCCUGCAGUUGGUUUGUCCAGCCAUUAUACCCAAGUCAACUCCCCCUUUAACUCCAGAUGUAUCGUCUCAGCGACCGCCGCCGCCACUCUCCGGCGCCGCCGUCAUCCCGGAGCCUCCGCUGCCUUGUACUUCUGUCAGGUUAAGGGUACACAGUUCGCCUCCGCAGGACGGGGCAGAGAAUUCAGCCGUGCGUAACGGCCAAAAACAAUGCAACCGGCGAAGGAAGUUAUGACAGUGCUGCUCGCUGGCCUCAGCUGAUGCGACGUUAAACCAGGAAUAAGAUCAUAACUUUUGUCCAACAGAUCUGCUCUCGUCAUCUCAAGUCCUGUAGCUUUGACUCUGCUUCUCUGCAAAUGGAAUGUACUGUAACAACCUUUUUCCUUUUUUUAUAUUUAUCAGAUAAACACAUAUGCUAUUAAAAAAAAACAUGACUGUUA